AUGGCUCUCUCCACCCAACGCAUCCACUCCGUUCACAGCGCUUUUGGCUCCUCCUCCCUCUUCUCCCCCUCCUCCUCCAUCAAGAUCUCCCGCGACCGCUGGGAUGCGAUCCCCAACAAGACCUGCCCCCGAGUCGCCCUCGCCGUCGCCUCCCUCGACGCCCCGUGCGCACCCAGCCGCGCGACCGGCGUCGGCCUCUCCGACCGCCCCUGCGGCCGCCCCCGGCGCAUCACCAUCUCCAUGGGCUCCCCCAUGCCCGCCCUCAUCCCCUCGCGCCAACGCCCCGCCACCGCCUCGAUCGCCUCCCUCGCCCCGCUCUCCGUCUCCUCCCCGCUCGCCGCCCUGCCCGACCCGACCCGCGCGCUCGACGACCCGUUCGCGGACCCCGCGGACGAGCACCCGCUCACGCCGCUCCCCACCCCGUCGUUCCCGCCCGGGAUCGGCUACUCGUACUCGUCCUCGCACGGCUCCCGGUUCCUCCCCAGGCCCACCAGGGGCCGCCAGCUCGCGACGACGCUGCUCAACCGCGGCAGCGGGCGCCCGAUGGGCACCUACCUCCGCCGCCGCCUCUCCGGGGAGCCGCUGAGCUACGUCAAGAGCUCGCUGUCGCAGCUCGUCGCGACCGCGUGA